GAGCAGGUAGAGAGGCGCCGGGCUGCGGCUUCCGCACUUGGCCCGGGAAGGCGGCAAGCCCGGAGCGCCGCGGAGAAGCGCGUCCCAAGCGAGCAGCAGGCAAGAGAGGAGCCCGCGGCGGCAGCAGCCCCGCGACCAGAGGCCUCCGCCGGCCCCUUCCCGGGAGCCGCAGCCCGGCCUGGCGAGGCUAUGGGGAAGGUGCAGCAUUUCGAGAUCCGCCUGGGCGACAGCCGCGUCGUGUACAGCCCCGGAGAGCCGCUGACCGGCACCGUCACCAUCCGCUUGAGCGGCUCUCUCCAGUACCGCGCCAUCAAGGUGGUCUGCGUGGGCUCUUGUGGGGUGUCGAGCAAGAUAAACGAUACGGCAUGGACGGUGGAGGAGCAGUACUUCAACAGCACCUUGUCCCUGGCAGAUAAAGGAUUCCUGACGGCUGGUGAGCACACCUUUCCCUUCCAGUUCCUGCUGCCAGCUUCAGCCCCUACAUCCUUCGAAGGGCCCUUUGGGAAAGUUGUACACCAGGUCAAGGCUGUGAUAGAGACCCCGAGGUUCUCCAAGGACCACAAGUGCAGCAAGAUCUUCUAUGUUCUUUGCCCUCUGAACCUCAAUGAUAUUCCUGAAAUUGAGCAGGUGAACACUGCAUCAGUCACCAAGAAGUUCAGCUACAAGCUCGUAAAAACGGGCAACGUGAUUGUGAGAGCGACUGCAGACCUCAAGGGCUACGUGGUGGGGCAGGUCAUUCACCUGCAAACAGACAUUGAGAACAAAUCAGGCCGCGACACGGGCACUGUUGUGGCCAGUCUCAUCCAGAAAGUUGCCUAUAAAUCCAAGCGGUGGAUUUAUGACCUGAGGACCAUCGCGGAGGUAGAAGGCUCGGCUGUGAAGGCGUGGAAGCACGCCGAAUGGAAGGAGCAGAUCCUUGUCCCAGCGCUGCCGCAGUCCGUCCUGCAGGGCUGUAGCCUCAUUCACAUCGACUACUACAUCCAGGUUUCCUUGAAGUCUCCAGAAGUUUCUGUCGCCCUCCCUAUUUAUAUAGGCAACAUUGCUGUGAACAGAAUUCCUUUAAGUCCGUCCCGGUCAGUCCCCCACAUUGUCUCGCCAGUGGUUCCGAGCGCCCCUCCAGAAGACGAGGAGGCUGCCGGCGGCCAACACCCCAUGGAUAAUGUUUCCAUUCCCACAAAAAGCCAUUCCCAGCAGCAGCCCUUCAGCUACGCACCGGGCUUAAACUUCCAAGAGGCAAGGCUGGACUCCGAACAGACAGGCUCCCCGAACCAUCCCACGCUUUGCCUGUCCACAGGAGCGACCGUUCCAUAUUUUGCUGAGGGUACAGUGGUCCCAGUCCCCACAGCCAGUUCCCUCAUCUUGCCUCCAGAGUACAGCACCUGGGGAUAUCCAUACGAGGCACCUCCUUCCUAUGAACAAAGUUGCAGUAGUGCUAACUCCAGUCUGAGUAACGGCAACUAGUCUCUGGCUUAGACUCCAUCUGGCUUAUCAAGGGUUGGGGGAGGACAGCACAAAAGCAUCGCCCAGCAGGGCAGGGUCCUCGAAGAUCCCCGGCUGCCACUCACCUGCCUCGUGGAGAAUGCCUUGCACGACGGUCUCUGUUCUAGUACUGUACAGUUCACCAUCUUCCUUGCUGCUUUACUAUCUGAGCACCUGUGAUGCCUUACCUGAAAUGCUACCGAGUCGUCUGGUAUGAAUGGAGUGUGGAUUGUGUGUGUGUGUGUGUGUAUAUAUAUAUAUAUGUUUGUGUGUGUGUGUGUGUGUAUUUUUGAGUGCCACUCUUUAUCUACUGUGUGCUAACUGGAAUGGAUAUGGCAAAGUCUCGAUUUUUUUUAAAGAAACUUUUAAGGUGGACUAACACGUUUUUCUUAGUCUCCCUCACCUCUGGAUGCUUGUUGAAAGAGCCGUGUUUGUCCCAAAGCAGUUGUGUUCACCCUAUAGAGAGCGACGGCAAUAGUUCAGGCAGGGUACCGCUGAUUAACAUUCCUAUGGCAUGGAGUGAGUGCAGGAUUCCUCCUUCAGGGAAGUGCAAAACAAUGAAUUGAGAGGAGUGUUGGCUGAAUAGUUUUGUUUUUGUUUUAAGCUGAGUAUUGGUCUGUCACAGAGCUUGCACGAGAGCAAUCUUCCUCUAAAAGAUCCAAGAUGAGGAGUGUACUUUUCCCCCCUGAGGGGAUAGACUGUUCAGCAGUUUUAAAAAUGGAUCUUAAUCUUUUUUUAUGGCAUUGAGAUAGCAUGACCUUGCCCACCUGCCCAAGGCCUUCUGGCAGCUUGUGGUGGGCUGGCCCAGGUCGACUUCAAAAUGCCUCUCCAGGCUUUCCUUUCGAGUGCUAGAAGACGCUGCUCUUGACUGCCUCUCCUCCCGAAAUCACUGCAGCUUUGAACUGGUUGGAAACUGCCGACAAUCAAGAUUCUGUCCUAAUUCUACCUCUGAAUUCUCUCCCGAGGAAUAAGCCUGGACAUGGAGGGGUUGAGGAGGGGACUUUUUUAAAAUAAAGAGAAAAAUAUCCUUUUAUAAAAUAAAAUUUUAAAAAAUUGUUCCUUCAGACCAGAAAACCUGUUCUCCAGCGAAAGACCCCCCCCAAACGCACUCUUUAUAUUGUGUGCAAUACCUUCUCUGCCUGAAUGCUCCUGCUGUUUACAUCCCGGUGCUAUCUGGCUGAGAGGGAAUGGCCAGCCAGGUUCUUUCCCAAGUGGAAACAGCUCCAGCUGCUUCUCAGAAGGGCGCCUUCCAAAGCGAGAGUGGGCCUGUUCCAGAGGCAAGCCGUGUCCUGGAGCCCAAAGACAAUCUCAAGGCUGGCUUCUGAUCAUAGCUGGCCAGCUUAAAUGCUGCCCUUUCUGCUUGCAAGCUGUUGUAGCGAUGCUGUCGGCCUGACUUUGUCAUUAGAACUCCAGGCAUGUAAUUGGCCUUCAACAAACAGCUUGUGUAAGGGGGAGGGGGAUGCAGUAAAACUGGACGGGUGCCACAGUGCUGGGCAAGUGGGUUAACUCCCCCCACCCCACACACACAUUCACAACACACAUUCGAUUUCCUUUAUUGGAAAUGCCUUGAUUCCCUGAUAGGGGAAGAGCGGACAGGUAUCCAGAACAGCAUUUUAGGGGCAAAUGAUACACUGGGAUUUCUGAUCAUGGGACUCCAGUAUGGUGUGGUUUGGCCCUGAGAACAAAAGCCCCCUUUUGGGGUCUGCUGAUCUCUUGCAAAGUCCCUCCAGAGGUGCUGUGCAGUCAACCCCUCCUCUUCUCGCCAACAUAGGCAGAAAUUCGACACUUUCCUGCACCAUCUGUUUCUAAAGACGAUUCUCUCUUCUUUUUUUUUUGGUCUGUGUGUCCAUUUUGAUCAACUUGUUUUAAUGUUAAAAUUUCAAACACAAAUUUUAAUGUAUUUAAUAAAUUAUU